GCAGGUUCAAGAGUCGGCCGGUGAAAUCAGGUAAAACGGAUCAGAUAUUACGAGCGUGCGGCUGAUUUUUCAGCAAUAUUAAAUUAAGUAAAUGUCAUUUAUUUGUUGCACAAAUCUCGCUGGUUUUUCCCGUCGCUCUCAUGGGCGUCUGCAUCCGCGCCUGCUCCGGGCAUCUCCAUAACAACAGAGGAUGGAGAGGAGAAAGAGUACGUCGGCUUCGCCACCCUCCCGAAUCAGGUUCACAGGAAGUCGGUGAAGAAAGGCUUCGACUUCACGCUCAUGGUGGCAGGCGAGUCUGGUUUAGGAAAGUCCACACUGAUCAACAGCCUGUUCCUCACAGAUCUGUACAAAGACAGAAAACUACUGAACGCUGAAGAACGCAUUAGUCAGACGGUGGAGAUCAUCAAACACACUGUUGACAUCGAGGAGAAAGGUGUUAAACUGAAACUGACCAUUGUGGACACGCCGGGUUUUGGAGACGCCGUCAAUAACACAGAGUGUUGGAAGGCCAUCACGGAUUACAUCGAGCAACAGUUUGAGCAGUAUUUCCGGGAUGAAAGUGGACUGAACAGGAAGAAUAUUCAGGAUAACCGCGUCCACUGUUGCCUGUACUUCAUUCCUCCAUUUGGACACGGUUUGCGGCCCGUGGACGUGGAGUUUAUGAAAGCUCUCCAGGACAAGGUCAACGUGAUUCCGCUCAUUUCCAAGGCUGACUGUCUGACGCCAGCGGAGAUGAAGAAGAUGAAGGACAGGGUGAGAGAAGAGAUUGAGAAGUUUGGAAUCAAAGUGUAUCAGUUUCCAGACUGUGAUUCUGAUGAGGACGAAGAGAUGAAACAACAGGACCGAGAGCUGAAGGAGAGCGCUCCAUUUGCUGUGAUCGGCAGCAACACAACAGUGGAGGUUAAAGGUCAGCGGAUGAGAGGGAGACUGUACCCCUGGGGCAUUGUGGAAGUGGAGAAUCAGUCUCACUGUGAUUUUGUCAAGCUGAGGAACAUGCUGAUUCGCUCUCACAUGCACGACCUGAAGGACAUCACGUGUGACGUGCACUAUGAAAACUACAGAGCUCAGUGCAUACAGCAGAUGACAAGCAAACUGACCCAGGACAGCCGUGUGGAGAGCCCCGUCCCUAUCCUCCCACUGUCCACUCCUGACGUAGAGACGGAAAAACUGAUCAAGAUGAAGGAUGAAGAGUUGCGGAGAAUGCAAGAGAUGCUUCAGAAAAUGCAGCAGCAGAUGCAUGAGCAGGACCUGUGAGCAGAAAUAACCCGAACUUCACCAUCACAAGCUGACACCACAACACGCUAACAACACGCUGAAUGACACGCAAUGAACACGAGACAGACGCGAAACACAGUGUUUGAUUUAAACAGGGUCUAGUGCAUCUAAAAACGCUUUAUAAGAUGAAAAAUGAAUUCAAGCUCAAACAUUUGUGAUCUGUUUUAAUUGUUUUCACACUUUGUACAGAAUGUGAUAUUUUACACGUUGUAGACAUGACAAGUGUUAGAAUUGUUCUCUCUGCGCUAAUCGUUUAUCGUCGACACAUUUUUGUGACACCUUUCAAACCAAAUUUUUGUACUUUUAGAAAUGUGUGUGUGUGAAUGUGCAGACGUGUUUAAAAUAGAGCUCAGAGUGUUUGGGUGUUUCCCCCCCACAUUAAGUACAACAGGUUUACACACUUAAUAAUGAACAAAAGCACUGCGACUCCUUUUAACGCGUUUAUAUAUUUCUUUCUAACACCUUCUUUGCAUUAUUUAUUCGUUCAGAGCACCCUUUAAGUUGUGAAUUUUGCCGUACAAGUUGCCAAGUGUUAUGAUGCUUUGCAAAUUGAUCCAACUUUUGUCUGCUCUCUUUUAUAGAUUGCACUGAAUACUUUCUGACAAUUUUGUAUUAUUCUGAUGAUAUUACACCACUAACAGUAUAAAAAGAAAAACAUGAAUAUUCUCAAUAUUUAGCACUACUAUGUAACAAAUUGGAAAAACAUAUCAGACCAUCUCUAACAGUGUUUGUUAUAAUGCAUGCAUUGACAACUUGAUAUGACCUGCACUGUAUUACAUUUAUAUUGAGACAUUUAGCGGAUGCUUUUAUCUAAAGUGACUUACAGGAGUGAGGAAAAUAAUAAAGUGAUUCAUAUCCAGGC